UCACCCGCCCCUAUAAAGGCCGACGCCGCGCCGCGCCGCCGUAGUGGCCUUGUUCUCUGCGUUUUUCUUUUAGUGCUGACGCCACCCGGCUCUUGCUGGCCUCUGGUCCGCUGUCUCUCUGAGCCCGAACAGCAUGCCUUCAAUUAAGUUGCAGAGUUCUGACGGAGAGAUAUUUGAAGUUGAUGUGGAAAUUGCCAAACAAUCUGUGACUAUCAAGACCAUGUUGGAAGAUUUGGGAAUGGAUGAUGAAGGAGAUGAUGAUCCAGUUCCUCUACCAAAUGUUAAUGCAGCAAUAUUAAAAAAGGUCAUUCAGUGGUGCACCCACCACAAGGAUGACCCUCCUCCUCCUGAGGAUGAUGAAAACAAAGAAAAGAGAACAGAUGAUAUCCCUGUUUGGGACCAAGAAUUCCUGAAAGUUGACCAGGGAACACUUUUCGAACUUAUUCUGGCUGCAAACUACUUAGACAUCAAAGGUUUGCUUGAUGUUACAUGCAAGACUGUUGCGAAUAUGAUCAAGGGGAAAACUCCUGAGGAGAUUCGCAAGACUUUCAAUAUCAAAAAUGACUUUACCGAAGAGGAGGAAGCCCAGGUACGCAAAGAGAACCAGUGGUGUGAAGAGAAGUGAAAUGUUGUGCCUGACACUGUAACACUAUAAGGAUUAUUCCAAAUACUAGUUGCACUGCUCUGUUUAUAAUUGUUAAUAUUAGAUAAACAGUAGACAAAUGCAGCAGCAAAUCAACUGUAUUAGCAGAAUGUUGUCCUCAUUGCAUGUGUAGUUUGAGUACGGAUUCUAAAACCUCUAGCUGAGUUUCUUCUAGUGUGAUUUUUUAAAGUUUUUUUUUUCUUUUUUUCCUUUGCUCUGAAUAAAACUGAACUGUGGGUUCUCUAUAGAAAGUGGCAUUUUGGGUUUUCCCUCUUUUUGUAAAGUGGUUUCUGCCUAGUUAACUUUAGCAACCUUCUAAAAGUUGGCAUUGUAAAUAAAACAACUUGGAAAAGUUUGCUGAAAUAGAAUUAACAAAAUAAUUAUCUUUAUUCGUGAGUUGGAAACCGGAAAAGGGCUGUUUGAGGUAAAUGGCCUGAGUGGGUUGUUAAUUAGGCUGUCUCCCAGCUCCCUAGGGUCAAGGAGCACCACCAGUGUGGGUUAGCCUAUAUGUAGCAAGGCUCCCUUAAUUGAAUCUGAGGACUCAUGUUUGUACUUUUAAUCCCCUCACCUUUGAAUGUUUUGGCUAGAGACUCAGUUAACUUCUUAGUUUGUGUUUUGGGGGGAGAAGUGUAACUAGGCAGUUUGUUUUUCAAUUAAAAUAGACACUUAACUCA